AUAUUUUAUCAAAAAGCGACAGAGUCUGCGUUUAUGUGACGUCACUAAACCCGGCAUCUAACACACAGCAACUGUUGACAUUAAGGAACAUUAUCCGCAUAUUUAAAAAUGGACGACGAAGAAUUUCGUAGAUUUGCUCACCGAUUAAUCGAUUUUACGAUCGAUUAUCAUAAAAGAAUUCGAGAAAGACCCGUCUUAUCUGAUGUACGACCCGGCUACAUAUGGGAUUUAGUGCCAGGAUGUGCACCCGAAGAAGGAGAAAGUUGGCAGAAGAUUUUCGAAGAUAUUGAAAGAGUUGUCAUGUCGGGGAUGACACAUUGGCAUUCUCCUCGAUUUCACGCCUAUUUUCCUACAGCUAAUUCGUAUCCAGCUAUCUGCGCUGAUAUUUUGUCAGGAUGUCUCGGCAUUAUCGGAUUUACUUGGGCAUCUUGUCCGGCUGCAACCGAGUUAGAAAUGGUUAUGAUGAAUUGGCUGGGUAAAAUGUUAAAUUUACCAAAAGAAUUCCUUUACGGUUCGGACAGUAUAGGCGGAGGAGUGAUUCAGAUGACUGCCAGCGAAUCGACUUUAGUAGCUUUGUUAGCUGCCAGAACAAAAGCCAUGGGUAUCUCGAAGAAGAAGAAUAAAGAUUUAAAAAGUAUUGGAAAUUUGGUUGCUUAUUGUUCGAAUCAGAGUCAUUCGUCGGUUGAAAGAGCGGGAUUGUUAGCUGACGUGGAAAUGAGAUCAUUGGAAACUGAUGAAAAUUUAAGUCUAAGAGGAGAUGUUUUAAAAAAAGCCAUUAUGGAAGAUCGACGCAAAAACAAAUAUCCAUUUUAUGUUGUCGCUACUCUUGGAACAACAAAUUCUUGCGCUUUCGAUAAUCUGUUAGAGAUUGGUAAAGUGUGUAAAGAAGAAAAUGUUUGGCUGCAUGUAGAUGCGGCGUAUGCGGGAGCGGCAUUUAUAUGUUCCGAAUUUCAACAUUAUUUACAAGGCAUUGAGUUUGCAAAUUCUUUUAAUAUGAAUCCUCACAAGUGGUUAUUAGUCAAUUUUGAUUGUUCCGCUAUGUGGGUGAAAAAUAAACACGAAUUAACAGAUGCUUUUAAUGUUAAUCCAACGUAUUUACAACAUAAGGAUGAAGGUGCAAUUCCGGAUUUCAGGCAUUGGCACAUACAUCUAGGAAGGCGAUUUAGAUCUUUAAAAAUGUGGUUUGUAUUCAGAACUUACGGCAUAAAAGGUCUUCAGGAAUUCAUAAGAAAACAUGUCCGAUUGGCACAUAAAUUCGAGGAAUUACUGUUGAGGGAUGGAAGAUUUGAAAUUUCAACUCCAGUAGUGAUGGGUUUAGUGUGUUUUCGUUUAAAGGGUUCAAAUUCUAUAAAUGAAAAUCUUUUAAAAACUAUUAACGAGAGAAGAAUUAUCCAUUUGACUCCGACAAAAAUUAAUGGAAAAUAUAUUUUGCGCUUUGCUAUAUGUUCCAGACAAACCAACGAAGACGACGUUAUAUUUUCGUGGAAAGAAAUUCAAACGGUAUCCACGCAAUUAUUGACAAAUGCGUAAAUUCACCUAAACGAAAUUUCAAAUUGGAUGUAUUGUAAUUAAAAUCAAGAUAAAGGAAUCAAAUCAUAAAAUAUAUUAUGUUAAAUAUAGUAAUUAAAUGUUCGUACGAAAAAUAAUGAUGUUAAAUAAAGUGUUAAGCAUACAUUUUAUUUUUUUGUUAUUCACGUAUAUAACGCUCAAAUAAAGCUAUGGGUUUCCAUUCCAAUCUAAUGAAUUUCUGAGAACAAUACGCAAAUUUGAGUAAAAAGGGUUGCUUUCCAUUAUUUCUUACGACAGAAUUUCUAAUUUUUUAAUGAAAGACACCGAAUUUGAUGUUAAAAACAGCAGA